AUCAGAACUGGAGCUGCACCUUCACGGAUCCAGAGGCCACAAUCCUUUACGAUAAACAUGUUCAGUGCAGCCGAGAUGGUCGACAAACAAAUAGCUUGAUUUCUGCGCACGACGCCAACAAGACCGUCCUGUCCGAGCUUAUGUGGCGUUCAUGGUCGGAUCGCGUUCGUCAUGUUGCAUAAUAGCGUAGUUGUGAGCUAGCUGAUCUUGUGUUUUGUUUCGCUGUGUGUGUGUGUUAUGUAUCGGCUGUAAAGAGGACAGUGCGUCACCAUACAAGAUGGACACUGCCGAAGAAGCUGAUAUAUGUAGGGUGUGUCGUUCAGAGGGAACUCAAGACAAACCGCUCUACCAUCCAUGUGUCUGUACUGGAAGUAUUAAGUUCAUCCACCAAGAAUGCUUGGUGCAGUGGCUUAAACACAGCAGAAAAGAGUACUGCGAAUUAUGCAAGCACAGAUUUGCUUUCACGCCAAUUUACUCUCCAGACAUGCCUUCACGGCUCCCAGUACAGGACAUUUUCGCUGGGUUGGUCACCAGUAUAGGCACGGCCAUCCGAUACUGGUUUCAUUACACGCUUGUUGCCUUUGCGUGGCUGGGAGUUGUACCUUUAACAGCAUGUCGCAUCUAUAAGUGUCUGUUCACCGGUUCAGUGAGUUCCCUCCUGACCCUGCCAUUAGAUAUGCUCUCCACGUACGUACCAGACAGGAAAGCGCUCAGAGAGAACCUGCUGGCUGACUGUCUUCAGGGAUGCUUUGUGGUGACCUGCACCCUCUGCGCCUUCAUCAGUCUGGUGUGGCUGCGGGAGCAGAUUGUUCAUGGUGGAGCUCCUUUAUGGCUGGACCAGAACCAACAGCAGCCUGCCAAUGCAGCAGGACCGCCCAACGAGGCACCUGGCCCAGGUAAUGGAGGUGCUGAAAACCAGCCAAUGGCCGCACAGGCCGAACCUCCCGUGCAGAACGCUGCAGCGGCUGAGGUUCCUGACGUUCCCCCUGAUCCUGCUGAAGAGAUGGAGCUGGACAACGAGGAUGAGGAGGACGGAGGAGCUGAAGAUGCGGCAGAUGCCAACAAUGGCGCGCAGGAUGAUAUGAACUGGAACGCCCUGGAGUGGGAUCGUGCGGCUGAAGAGCUCACGUGGGAACGGAUGCUCGGGCUUGACGGGUCCCUGGUGUUUCUGGAACAUGUUUUCUGGGUGGUCUCACUCAACACACUCUUCAUCCUGGUGUUUGCUUUCUGUCCCUACCACAUUGGCCACUUCUCAGUGGUUGGUCUUGGUUUUGAAGACUACGUUCGUGCCUCACACUUUGAGGGUCUCAUCACCACUAUAGUUGGUUACGUCCUUUUGGCCAUCACUCUCAUUGUGUGCCACGGAUUAGCAGCACUGGUGAGAUUUCAAAGAUCACGGCGUUUAUUAGGAGUCUGCUACAUUGUGGUGAAGGUGUCCCUUCUCGUGGUUGUGGAGAUUGGGGUGUUCCCCCUUAUCUGUGGCUGGUGGCUUGAUAUCUGCUCUCUGGAGAUGUUUGAUGCCUCAUUAAAAGACCGAGAGCUGAGUUUUGAAUCGGCCCCGGGGACCACCAUGUUUCUUCACUGGCUGGUGGGCAUGGUCUACGUCUUCUACUUUGCUUCAUUUAUUCUUCUUCUCAGAGAGGUUCUCAGGCCCGGAGUCCUGUGGUUUCUCAGAAACCUGAACGAUCCGGAUUUCAACCCGGUGCAGGAAAUGAUUCACCUCCCCAUAUACAGACACCUGAGACGAUUCAUACUGUCGGUGGUUGUGUUUGGCUCAAUCGUUCUUCUCAUGUUAUGGCUUCCCAUUCGGAUAAUCAAACAAGUUUUUUCAUCAUUUCUUCCCUACAAUGUGAUGCUUUAUAGUGAUGCUCCAGUGAGUGAGUUAUCUCUUGAGCUACUCUUGCUGCAAGUUGUUCUUCCUGCAUUGUUGGAGCAGGGUCACACGCGGCAGUGGCUCAAAGGUCUGGUGCGAGCCUGGACAGUAACUGCUGGCUAUCUGCUAGAUUUACAUUCAUAUUUGCUGGGAGACCAGGAGGAAAAUGAUAACAAUGCCAACCAGCAGGCCAACAACAACCAGCAGGCUCGUAACAAUGCUAUCCCUGUAGUGGGAGAGGGGCUGCAUGCUGCCCACCAGGCCAUACUGCAGCAGGGUGGCCCUGUGGGCUUUCAGCCCUAUCACCGUCCCAUGAAAUUUCCUCUGAGGAUCGUGUUGUUGAUAUUGUUCAUGUGCGUGACGUUGCUUGUGGCAAGCUUGGUGUGUCUCACUUUACCAGUGUUUACGGGCCGUUGGCUGAUGUCGUUCUGGACGGGCAGUGCUAAGAUCCAUGAGCUGUACACUGCCGCUUGUGGACUGUAUGUAUGCUGGCUGUCCAUCAGAGCCAUCACAGUGUUACUGGCCUGGAUGCCUCAGGGUCGUAGGGUCAUCCUACUCAAGGUUCAAGAGUGGACCCUCAUGAUUCUUGGCUGGAAGAUCAUGAAGACACUGAUCGUGGCAGUGCUUUUGGCUGGAGUCAUCCCUCUUCUCUUGGGAUUGCUGUUUGAGCUGGUGAUUGUAGCUCCUCUUAGAGUUCCUCUCGAUCAGACGCCUCUUUUCUACCCCUGGCAGGACUGGGCCUUAGGAGUGCUGCAUGCCAAAAUCAUUGCUGCCAUCACCCUCAUGGGUCCCCAGUGGUGGCUGAAGACCGUUAUCGAGCAGGUUUAUGCCAAUGGGAUCAGGAACAUCGACCUUCACUUCAUCAUCAGGAAGCUGGCUGCACCAGUCAUCGCCGUACUGCUGCUUUCUCUCUGCGUCCCCUAUGUGAUCGCUGUAGGCAUCGUCCCCCUUCUUGGGGUCACCAUGGAGAUGCAGAAUCUGGUGCAGAGGAGAAUCUAUCCUUUCCUUCUGAUGGUGGUGGUGCUGAUGGGAAUCCUCUCUUUUCAAAUUCGACAAUUCAAGCGCCUUUAUGAGCACAUCAAAAACGACAAGUACCUUGUUGGACAGAGACUUGUAAAUUAUGAACGCAAAGCUGGCAAGGCCAGCACCACCACACAAAGCAGUUCAAUGCAGGAGUAAAGAGCUUGAGAAAAAAAUGGGAAUUGCUGUUUUUGUGAGAAUGAUCAAGCAUGUGUUGCGUGAAUGACUGAACGGGCCUUCCUUUCCCGCUCUCCCUGCUUUCCUGUGACGUGUGCGUCCGUACGCGUCACCUCUACUAGGACUCUAAAAACUGACCUUUGGCCUCUCUCUCAUCCUGCCAGCAAAAAGGGGCAACAAAGCCAUGUAUAUAAAUGAGGGGAAAGCGUGAAACCCUAAAGGCAGGCAACCGUGGAUUUAAUAAGAAAGUCUCGCUCUUUAAAAAAAGACUAAAUGUGUAUUAAUUUAUUAAAUCUAGUUGUUACCUUAUUUGUGGAGUUUUGUUUGUGGUAAGACUCUUUUUUUCACACCCUUGCAGAGAGGCCAGUCAGACCCCAGAGCCGAAAUGUCUCUCAGACCUUUUAUUUAUUAGAUUUGAUUUAUUUCAAUGGAAUAUAAUCUUGAAGAUUUUUGAAUGAGAGAGUCUCGCUUGAUAAAAACGCUUUGAGUAGUGUGUCUUAUCUUUUUUUUCCAUAAUUUAACGCACAUGGAGUGGAAGUGGCUCAUACUUGUAAGGUUAUACUUGUAAGAAAAUGCCCAUCCACUUUCUCACACGCAAAAAAAAGAGGGAACUUCGUUUCACUAACAGUGAACGUACAAGCACAGAGUCAGUAGCUAGCAAUCGAAGUUUUGUUUAAAGGUAGUUUUUAUGGCUCACAAUGAGCUUCAAAGCCUACCUCUGCCUGCUAGUACUUUUUUUCAACUCUGAAUAUACAAAAUCCCUUCGGGUAGUUUAGGAAAUCAUUUCGAGUGCUUAUUGCACCAGUUGUUGAGCUAGCAUAUUUGUUUGCCGUUUAGGUUGUAAGAUAUCGACUGUUUAUGUCCGUCUCGUGCUCAGCAUGGCUAGGAACACUUUCUCAUAGAUGUAACUCCGGCACGUACACAGGUUAUCUAUCGCACUUUUAAAAAUUAAACGUCUUUUAAGAGCAGCAAUCGUUUGGAAAGUCUCGACCAAAAUUUUAAAAUCUUAAUCACAUGUAAUUGCACCGUAAUUUAUCUGAUCAGAACUAAAAGGUGAUUUAAAACUGGCUGCCGUUUGAUCUGUUUUGUGUUUUUGGGUAAGGAGAUGUUCAAUGUUCUUGUAAAUAAUGUAACUUUACAAUUAUUCUGCGUCAUGUUUCCUAGCAGAGUAUGUUUUUCCCCAUUUCAUCUGUGACGAGUUCACGAUAUCCGAAGUGAUCCGCUGAAUUUGUCUCGGACAGCUUUAGAUAGAUGGUGUUAAUCAGCGCUGAGAUUCUAUAAGUGACCUUAUAGUUUCUUAUAACACUGAAAACUGGAUACUGUUUGCUUCUUGAUAGUUUAAGGCAAAGUCUUCAGAAAGGCAAAUGUUCUAUUUUUGUAUGUGCAAAUAUUGACACCGUUUUCAUCAUUGCCAUUAGUUUGAUUUUCCUCUGAAGUUUAAGUUCGGCUAGAGUCUGGGUAAAGAUAGUAGCCCGGCACUAAAUAUGGCUGUAUCUGGUUUACUAAGCCUUUCCUUUUUUUAUAGCAUGUUUGUGUGAGAAGUAUUCAGUAUUCUGAAUGUUUAAAACCUCCUGCUUGGGAGGCUCUGGCUGUAACAAUUACAUCCUCAUACUGGCAAACAAUUUUUUGUUGAAGACUUUUAUUACAGAUAUUAAAUCACAAAGUGUGGUA